UUGUAUUUGGCCCGCCACGGGCAGACCGCUGCCAAUGCCGCUAGCGUGCUUCAGGGCAGUAGUCUUAACGGAGAGCUCAACGAACGAGGCUUGCGGCAAGCCGAGGCACUGGCGCAGGGGCUGAAAGACACACCCAUCGACAGAAUAUACGCUUCGGGGCUGCGCCGUGCAAUCCAGACCGCCGAAAAAUGCCAAGUACUCCAUCCCACGGCACCUCUGACCAAGGAUGCGCGUCUGAACGAGAUAUCUUGGGGAAUUGUCGAUGGCACCGACUUCAAAAAGGCCAAGCCGAUAAUGACCCCUGUCACCGAGCAAUGGAAGGCAGGGGAUUUCGAUGCCCGAAUUGAGAAUGGCGAGUCGGCACAAGAGUGCCAGGACCGGAUUGUGCUGGCCGUGAUUGACAUUCUGAAUGAGAGUGUUGAGAAAGGGCACAGGAACGUUCUGCUGUGCCUGCAUGGCCGUCUGUUGCGGGUCAUCAUGGCGACACUGGUUUCGCGCGAUCUGCGGACCAUGAGCGACUUUCCUCACACAAAUUGUUCGUACCAUGAGGUCAGUGUCGAGGUCAAUAGCAGCGUUACGAGCCUGGAGGAC